AUGGCGGGCAAAGAGUUGUCGCCCCAAGAGAAGCUCACAUUGAUCAAAGACCAGUUACAAGAGGUGCUGCGUGAAGACAUUCUCGAAAAUGUCAUCCUCAAAGAGCAGAGACCAUUGGUGGUCUACUGGGGAACUGCUACAACGGGACGACCGCAUUGCGGCUACUUCGUGCCAAUGAUGAAAAUUGCCCACUUCCUACGAGCGGGCUGUCGUGUCAAGAUCCUUCUUGCCGACAUCCACGGGUUCCUCGAUAAUCUGAAAGCGCCAAUUGAACUGGUCAAAUUCCGGGCACAGUACUACAAAUACGUUAUUCAGUCUCUCCUUAGAGCCGUCGGUGUGAGCCUGGAAAAAUUGGAAUUUGUUCUCGGCUCCUCCUACCAAUUAAGCGCAGAGUACACCAUGGAUGUCUUCCGACUGAGUAGCGUGGUCACGGAGCAUGAUGCCAAGAAAGCUGGUGCUGAGGUCGUCAAGCAGGUGGAAAAUGCUACGCUAUCAGGAUUGAUCUAUCCCCUAAUGCAGGCAUUGGAUGAGCACCAUUUGGGUGUCGAUGCACAGUUUGGUGGAGUCGAUCAGCGAAAAAUCUUUACUCUUGCGCAGGAGGCCCUCCCAAGGGUUGGCUACAAAGAACGAGCGCAUUUGAUGAAUCCCAUGGUGCCGGGUCUGGCGGGUGGUAAAAUGUCCGCCUCCGAACCCGACUCCAAAAUUGACAUUCUCGACACGGCUGAGACGGUCAGAAAGAAGCUCCGCAAAGCAUAUGCCGCCACGGGCGAAGUUGAAGGAAACGGUCUAAUAUCUUUCGUUGAAUAUGUGUUACUGCCCAUUAGCGCUCUGCGUGAUCCAGAAGGAAAAGGAACUUUUAUGUGCGAGAGAAAGGAAGGAGAAGGAGAAUCGCUGGUCUACCACGACAUUGAGACGUUAAAGGAGGAUUACCGAACUGACAAGCUCACCCCACAAUUGCUUAAAGCAGGCACCACUGCUGCUAUCAUAGAAUUGCUGGAGCCCAUUCAAGCUGAAUUCCAAGCGUCAGCAGAAUGGCAAGAGAUUGAGAAGAAAGCCUACCCUCCGCCUCCCGAGCCUGAGAAGAAGAAGAAGAAGCAGCCGAAGGAUAAAGGCUCGAGACACCCAGGUGCAGCCAAGGUGACUGCCGAAGCAGACGGAUCAGUUGAAGGCGAGGGAAAGGAACAGGUUGAAGUGGGAAAGACAGCAGAGCAAGCAAUGUCGAACCUGGAGAUCAAUGGUCAACCAGCAUGA